CUAUAUAUGCGAAGGCGAUCGGCGUAUCGGGUCGCAUAACCAUUCCAUUCCAGUACCAGCAAGCACGACGAUGACGACGAUCCAGCGCGUUAACCCGGUGGCCGUGUUGUGCCUUUUCGUUGGUGUGUUUGUGACGCUGUCCCCGACCGUGGCCGCUCUGCGUUGCUAUAGGUGCCAAAGUGCUACCAGCUGGAGUGACUGUGAGUCACGGGCCGUGACCAUCACCUGCGAUACGACCAGCCCGUUUUCGGUGAUGGGCCACGAGCUCUUUCUGGCUCCCGGAGCACGCCAGGGAGUGGAACCUGCCUGCAUAGGGGUGUACGCCGUGGGUACUGUCAAUGGCGUCAAGGGCUAUGCGCACGUAAGGGAUUGCUUCAUCAACGACAAGAGCAUGUGCAGCGUAGUGCAAGACACGCUGCCAUCGGAGAUCAAGAUCAAGGAUUGUGACCUGUGCACCACCGACCUGUGUAACGGAGCGAACCGGUAUACGGUGGGUCUCUCCAGCUUGCUGCUACUGGCGUUCGCCUUGCUGCUGCUGCUGCUUCUGCUGCUUCUGCCUCAGAAUGGAGCGGAUUAUCGAGCAUUAUUCCGUCCCCGUACUUGGACAUUGGGCUGCAAACCAACCAAAUUUGCUUUCGCCCUCCACGGUCACGGGCUCUAA